AUGGCAGACGUUGCAUCUCUUCGAACAGAAAUUAAAGCUUGGGAACGCGACUUCAAGUCAAAGUUCUCCAGAGAUCCUUCUGUUCAAGAUAUUAAAGAUCAACCUGCUAUAGCUGAAAAGUACAAGUUAUACAAGAAACUAUCCAAGGCAGUAGCAGCAGCUACCUGCCUCUCUCAGACCCCUACCACCCCACCAAAAUCUACUGCUCACCCAACCCGCUCCCGUAUUAUUUCCAAGCCGCGAGAAAUCGAAGUCGUCGCACCUCUUCCAGGUUUUAAUCCGUUUUCACCAGUAAAAAAUAAAGGCAAGCAGAGGGAUUCCUCCCCUGCAUCCUCAUUCUCAACCCGAAAGGUGCCUUUACCAAAUUUUUUCGCAACUCCGUCCAAGAAUAUACCAAACCGUUCCUCCCGGUGUGAAUCCCCAGAUAAUUUUCUCGAAGGACAACCACAUUUAUCAAUUGGUACAAACUCCCAAUUACCUCCCGCGCCGAACACGGCAGUCUCGCGUGCACGAAAGAGACUUCGCGGUGAACCAGUCUCGCCCUCGCCCAAUAAGCAGAAACGUCAACGUAUCGGUUCUCACUCGGCUUUACCCUUCCGAUUAUUACAUUGUUUGUCUAGUGAUGAUGAUAGUGAUGGGGUAGUUGGUGGCUCGGACAUCAAUACCUCUUUUGUGGACGAUUCUCCCGUAAAACUGCCGGCAGGCGGCAAGUCAUUCAGGCUCCUCUUCGAAGACACACUACCAAUUGCAAGUGUACUUAAGAGACCUGCAAAUGUUUCCAAGUCACACUCACGAGGCUCGGACGAUGUUGUAAUCUCACACGGGGUCGAUUCGAAUGAUGCCACGAGUCUCGAAGCAUCUCCGGCCAAUGCCCAUAAGGAUUCUAGACGCUCGAAAGGUCGCCAAGAUAGACAGAAAUCGAAUGCAGAUACAAAACCUACUUUGAUGUCAAAACUCCUCAAGAAAGACGAGUUUCCCAGCGCUGAAGGCCGGGUAAAGCAGUCGGGGCCUGGAUCAUCGCGUACAAUUACUGUGGAGAAACGAGUGCAUACCAAGUCCCAGGAACCGAAGUUGUCCCUCAAGCGUGUCUUGGAGGUCGUGUCGGCGAAUGAUGGACUGUCAUCAGCUUCUUCUCAGCAAUUAUUCUUACUUCCACCGUCUCCCACUUCUGAAGCGGCCCCUUCAAAUCGACGUGUUGCAGCAAACGGACAAGGAAAAGCCGGAACGAGCCGAAAAAAGGUCAAGCUUGCAGAUGUGGAGGAUGAGGAAGACGAAGACAUUUUAGACGAGGUUGCUGUUAAAGUCAUUAAUCGGACCCAGACAGCACAGCAAGUAUCGGAAAAUGCGGAAGAGCUUGACUGGGACCCAAUAUUACAUAGUGGUGCCCGUGACCGCGAUCAAUAUGCCACGGCUGGCGACACGAGCCAUGACGAAAAUGGAACGUUUCAUGUUGAUUUACCUGAUGAGCUUCGCCUCAUGUUGGCCAUUUCACCAUCAAGAACCCGCAACAGCAAGGAGGAGCGUGUCUUUCGUAGUUUACUUUACGGCGACCGUGUUGGUCAUUAUGACGCGUCGAGAGGUGGGGAUAUAUGGGAUAUCGGUGAAGCGGAAGAUGACACCCGAGGUAGCACAGAAGGGGAAGAUGAUUGGGAAGGCGAGCCUAUACCAUGGGAAGUCGGAGAGUUGUAG